AUGUCUUAUCAUUGGGGCCCAGCAAAUAUUAAUAAUAAACCGGUUAUAAAUUACGAUCGAGAUGCUUAUACACCGGAGCAUUCUUAUCUUACGCCGAUUGUACAUGACAAAAACUUGCCACUAGCUCCAAAUAAUAAAGAACUAGUUACACCACCCUUAUCAUCUGCUAAUUUACCAAAAAAAGAACAGCACACUCUUCGGUAUGCUUAUAAUGAAUUGCCAGAAAAUGGUAUACUCCUUGCUGUUCAAUUCAAUAAUUCAAAAAAAGAAGAAGAAAAAACAAAAAAAAGUAUUCGCAAAGCACCACCAGAUCAAGGAACUCUUGCUCCAGCUGUUGAAACUCAACCCUCUGAGAUGAAUAAAAACUAUUACCCACAGAGAUCAUUAUCAAGAAAGAAUAAGUCUUUAAAAGAUGCCACUAAUAAUCAAUCAAGCAUUCCAAGAAAUUCAAAUCAAGUUGUAACAUCUGACGCUUCGAAAUAUCACAAUAAAAACGUCAAUGAUGAGUUCACAGAUGAAGAUAAAAGACAUCGCCAUCAUCAUCAUCAUAAACCUUCUGAGCCUCAAGAACAAAAUCAACAGCAAUUCUCUGUUCACGUAGAACAACAACCUAGCCAACAUCAUCAUCAUCAUCAUCGUCACCAUCACCACAAUUAUUCUAUUUCAUCAGCCAAAGAAUAUGUUGAUCAAGAAUUUAGAGUUAUUGAUGGCUCAUUUAAGAAAUCAGAACGAACAACUUAUUUUCAAGGGAUAGGGAAUCCGCCUAUAAUUAACAAUCAAAAUUCUUAUCUACCAUUUAUUUUACCACGUGAAAAUCUUUGUGGGUCAAAAUCAACUGAUUUUUAUACGAAAUAUACACUGAGUAAAGAUUGGAGAGAUUCAAUUAAAUCAUCUCGUAUAUGUAAAACUGAUCCACAAACGAAAUUCUAUGAUCGUUAUUUCAAUAGCGUCAUAGAGAAAAAAUUUACUUCUUGA